AUGUGGAAGUUUUACACCUCCUUCCCUCCCUCAGCCAUGCCCAUGUCCAUCCCCUCCUUCCUCCCCUCUCCUCCCAUGUUCCUAACCGUGCCAUACACCUACCCAGGCCUCCGCUCCCUCCCCACUCUGCCCGCCCUGGGGCAGCGAAAACCAGAAACAUGCCACCCCUUACCCCAUUCUCCAGUGAUCACCUCUAAACUCCCAUCCCAAUGUUUCUUCUGGAUAGGAUUUGAGUACCCUGAAUACCAAGGACAGCAAUUCAUCUUGGGGAAAGGGAACUACCCUGCAUGGGAAGUCUAGAGUGGGAACAGUGGCUACAGGACGGAGCACCUGCUUUCUUUCCGGACUAUCAUGUGUGCUAACCACCGUGACAGCAAAGUGACCCUGUAUGAGCCAGAGAACUUCCAAGGAUGCAAGUUUGAGCUCAGUGAUGACUACCCGUCCCUGCAGGCCGUGGGCUGGGGCAAUAAAGAGGUGGCCUCCAUCAAGGUCAAUUGUGGAGCAUAAGCGAUGUGGGUAGCAUAUCAGUACCCAGGCUACCGGGGCUACCAGUAUAUCCUGGAGCGGGACAGACAGAAUGGUGAAUACAAGAAGUACAGCGAAUACAGCACCCAGGCCCCUACCAACCAGAUCCAGUCCAUCCACCGCAUCCAGCACUGAGGUGUGUCUUAGCAGCAACAACACUGGCACUCCUGCGCACACCAUUCCACCACCACCUGCCUCUGUGCCCAAGGGCCCACCAAGCAGUGGACCUUCACCCAGUAGCCAAUAAAGGCAAUGAUUAAA